GAGCCGGGGAGGAGCAGACACCGCACGGCCGCCCACCCCAGCCCAGCACCCGGCGCCCCAGAGCCCUGGUCUGCGCCCUGCAUCUGAGCCUCACCACCACCUGCAGCCUCCCAGCGUCCGUCCAGCCCCCCCUGCUGCCCGUGACUCAGUUUCCCCAGCCCCCUCCCCCCCCCACUGCCCAUGACUCAGUUUCCCCGGCGGUGCCCGGACCGGAUCGCUCCCCGUGCCCACCGCCUGCUCCAGGCCCAGAGCGCUCUGCCGUCUGCUCCCUGAGGCCCCGACUCCAGCCAGAUGCGCCCGAGCCAGGGCCAGCCCGACGGGGCGAUGACCCGCUGACCCCGCGGCCCCGCAGCGCCAUGUGGCCCAAUGACACCUCCCUGGGGCCGUGUUUCCGGCCCACCAACAUCACGCUGUCCGACGAGCUGAUCGCCUCGCCCUGGUUCUCGGCCUCCUUCUGCGUGCUGGGCCUGGCCUCCAACCUGCUGGCCCUGAGCGCGCUGGCGGGGGCGCGCGCGGGGGCUCCGGCCAGCCCGCGCUCGUGCUUCCUCACGCUGCUGUGCGGCCUGGUGCUGACCGACUUCCUGGGGCUGCUGGUCACCGGCGCCAUCGUGGUGACCCAGCACGCGCUGCGCUUCGACUGGCGCGCCGUGGACCCGCGCUGCCGCCUGUGCGACUUCAUGGGCGUCGCCAUGGUCUUCUUCGGGCUGUGCCCGCUGCUGCUGGGCGCCGCCAUGGCCUGCGAGCGCUUCCUGGGCAUCGCGCGGCCCUUCUCGCGGCCGGCGGCCGCCUCCCCGCGCCGCGCCUGGGCCUGGGUGCUGCUGCUCUGGGCCGCGGCGCUGGCGCUCGGGCUGCUGCCCGCCCUGGGGCUCGGCCUGGGCCGCUACUCGCUGCAGUUUCCGGGCUCCUGGUGCUUCCUGACGCUGGGCGCGCGGCGCGGGGACGCGGCCUUCGCGCUGCUCUUCGCGCUGCUCGGCGGCCUCUCGGUGGCGCUGUCGCUGGCGCUCAACACGGUGAGCGUGGCCGUGCUGUGCCGUGCGCGCCGCGGCCGCCAGGGGGCGCAGCGGCAGCGCCCGCGGGCCUGCGAGCUGGAGAUGAUGGUGCAGCUGCUGGGCAUCAUGCUGGUGGCCAGCGUCUGCUGGAUGCCGCUGCUGGUCUUCAUCGCGCAGACGGUGCUGCGGACGCCGCCGGCCAUGAGCGCCUCAGGCCAGCUGUCCCGGGCCACGGAGCAGCAGCUGCUCAUCUACCUGCGGGUGGCCACCUGGAACCAGAUCCUGGACCCCUGGGUCUACAUCCUCUUCCGCCGCGCAGUGCUGCGCCGUCUACACCCGCGCCUGAGCACGCGGCCCCGCUCCAUGUCCCUGCAGCCGCAGCUCACCCAGCGCGCCAGGGGGUUGCUGUGACUCGCGGGGGAGCCUUUACCUGCCCGGGGUGCUGCCUGGUCCCCCUGCCCUGCCCUGCCCACUCAGAGCCCCACGCCCACCCCAGCACCCCCAGAUCUCCCCAGCCCCGGAGGGGAGUUUGGGGACUCCUGGAAGGGAUCAUCGAACUGUGAAGCCCAGAGGGGCGAGUCUUCUCCCUUCCGGAAGCCCUGUCCGUUGGGGGUGCUGUGAUCCCCUAAGAGGAGGCCUUGCUGGGGUUAACCACCUGCUCCGCGCCUGCCUGGAGCAGCUCCGCCCUGGGCGCAGGGCGCAGCAGGACACGCGUCAUUCAGACUGUUCCAGAGGCCGAGGCUGGAGGGUUUCGAGCUCCAGCCCAGCCUGAGCAAUUUAGCCAUUUCAACAGCCAGGCGUGAUGGCGCACGCCUGUCAUCCCAGCACUGGGAGGCUGAGGCAGGAGGAUCCCUGUGAGUUCGGGACCAGCCUGGGCGACACAGUGAGCUCCAGGCCUGCUUGAGCUGCAUAGUGAGACCCUGUCUCAAAAAGACAAAGGCAUUCAGUGACAUUGUGCCUCAAAAUAAACCCAAGAGGGGUGGGUUGGGGUGCAGCUCAGUGGUGAGCGCUUGUAUUGCAUAUGCAAAGCCCAGGGUUGGACCCUGAACACCUCAAAAAGGAAAAAAGAAAAAAAUAAUAAAUUGAAUGUGAACAGCGAGAUGGGGGCGCCCCCUCUCUUGCCAAAAUA